GUUCCAGUCUUUUUGAAUAACGCGCAAAAUGGCGGGAGAAAUUGAAGCUUAAAAUAUUUGGAGCAAAAUUUCAAACUAAACAUUUUUCCGCAAAUCUCUGGAAUUACACUAGAAUUCACACUCAUCUGUCUUUGGAAAUAAUAGAAGCACUGGUUAACAUUAUAAAUAGUUCUUUUAUGUGGUUUUGCGCAAGGAAAAUGGAAAACAUGUGCAGCAAAGAUGCUCAAAAUUGUUAAAUGGAUGCUCAAUUGUCCAUUUAAAUUUUAUCAACAGCUUUAAACAUUGACUAUGCUUGUUCACUGGUAAUGGGCCUUCCUUAAAAGAAGUACUUUACUUACUUAUGUAGCUAGUUUCGCUAAUACGACCUUUUGCCCAAAUAAUGGGCGAGAUAAAAUGAUCAAGUUUUAACGUGCAGAAUCAAUUCUGUUUGGUUUUGGUUUUAUAUCGAGUGUAAGAUAUUGUUGACAGGAUGGAAAGAAUCUCCCAAGUCGUGGACACGAGAAAUGAAGGUAAGAGUUAGGAAUAUACAGGCAUUAAAUAAUACAGAGGAGCCAAUAUUAAAAAAGUUGAUUUCCGAACAGAAAGCCGAUUCAGGCAGAAAAGUGUAACCACUGCCAUGCCAUGAUUUGCAAUGGUUUGUUAUCAACAUACUGUUGCCAUGUUCCUAGCCAGUGUGCUUACAAGAGGCAUUUACCCCCUGAAUGUCUGCCAUUUUGAAUGUUGUCAGGGGGGUGAAUGCCUCUGACAUUGCUUAAAGGCGAUCUACAGUCCGUAUGUAAACAAAGCCUUUGUUUACAUUUUUACGUCCAAAAUAUUGAGCUUUAUUCGACAACUAUUUAUAUUUUCAAGCUUCUAGAGUAUAAUAAAUGAUCAAGAAACAACAAUCAGGCUUUGCAAUAACCCAAAACAUAGUUAAACUGUUUGUAUCAUAAAAAGUGGGCUCCUUUGUGCACAUGUGCAGAUCGGACUGUAGAUCACCUUUAAAGAGUAGCAAAAUGCCAAAAUAGCCGUAAGCGCAUUGGCUAGGAACAUGGCGACGGUUACGCCAAAAUCAUAGGCGAAACAAAGAAGUCGGCCUUUUGUAAGGUCUAUUCUGUGACUAAAUCUUCCUUUCAACAUUUAAAUCUAUUGAGUGAGAUGCUUAAAAAUAAAUUCUGAUAUUUACACAUAAAACCAAUGGACCACUUGUGUAAUAGACAAAAUUUUGAUCUAAACAAGUCUAGACAAAAAUUUCAUCACAGCUUGAAAGAGCAUCACAAAAUUAGUAAUAUUCCGUCAUUUUGCAUUACGCACGGGAAAUUGAUAGCCCAAUACACUGUGGGGCUGUCAAUUUCCCGUUUGUAAUAGAAAAUGACUGAAAAACGGCAAACUUUGCAAGGCUAUAUCCGCAUUUUACAACAUUUCGCGACGAAACUUUGGAAUAUUACUAAUUUUUGCUCUUUCAAGCUGUGAUGAAAUUUCUGUCUAGACUUGUUUAGAUCAAAAUUUAGUCUAUAAUGCAAAUAGUCCAUUAAGCAGCUUAUCUCUGAUACAAUUUGCUUCUUGUAUACUGUCUUUAGGUGAAGACUUGUUGCUUCGCAGAACUCAAGGAGACUUGCUGGAGAAACUCAAGCAACUACAACAAUGGAGGCAGCAGAAAGAGGAACAUUUGCUACAAGACAAAGAAAAACAAUUAAGUCUACUUCGCGACAAAGAGAGAAGACUUCAUGCUGUUCAAGAAUACCAGAGAAAAAUCCUUGAGAAUAAUGACAUGAUAAUUGAUGGUAGCCCAUCAUACCAGGUCAAACCUGCUGGUUUUCAUAGCGGAACAUCGUCUAGGCCUGUCGUUGGUGCACAACCAAGUGAGAAUGUGGCUAUGUUCCAAGGUGGUGCAAUUGUGUCUGGGUUUAAUCCACCAACAAGAACUAUUCUUUUAUCACCACAACAUUUUAAAGCUACAUCAUCAAACCGGGUAAAAUGUCUUCUUUCAGGUUUUAUGUCAAGGGCAGGGCCGCCCAGAGGGGGGGGGGGGGGCAAAGGGGGCAAAUUGCCCCGGGCCCCAAGUUGCUGGGGGGCCCUGAAAAAUUUUUGUAGGGCCCCAGCCUUUUUUGUGUGUUAAAUAUUUCCGCGCAAAGGACAAGAUAUCUGUUUUUUUCUUGGGCUAAGUACCGAAUUUUGGCAUAAAAAAAUGAGAUAAAGUCCCUCGAAAGCAUUUGCAAAGUGCUCGUCUGGCAAAAUUUUGUAAUCCAGAAAAAAUUUUUUACCCCUAAAAUGGUACACUGACCGAAAAGUGGGGGGGGGAGGUUGUUAUCCGGAAUUUUUUUUUAGAUAGGGGCCCCCCCAAAAAAAUUUGCCCCGGGCCCCCGCCAACCUCUGGGCGGCCCUGGUCAAGGGUGGUACUAUGUAGGGUUGUGCUGGGUAGUGUUUUGCCAGAUAUACCAAAUCGUUUCCACUUGGUUAUGACUAUAAUUCAAUUUUUAAAAUUUUGAUAAGUUUCUCAAGUGGCAAACAAACUUGAAAGGUAUGUUAAAUAAGUGUUUUAUCUGUAAAAUUAUGCUAAAAUGAAAAGAUUUUAGAUGGUACUCCAAAGAGAAAAUGCAGUCUGAAUUUCAGUAAAGUUUUCUUUUUAUUGCUGUAUAAAUAUGGUGUCAAUUUUACAGCAUCAAUGAUAAUUGUAUUUAACCAAUUGAGUGGCAGCACUCCCUCCCUGAUGAGUAAAAUCGUCUGGUGUUAGACAGAGUAAAAUAAUAAAGUAGGGUGCAUUACCACUUUUAAAAAGGGUUUAAAUUGACAAUAUUUAACUAUUCUUUUGUGUGUCUCAACCGCCAGAUACAUUUGAAAAGGUCGCUAACUGUGUAAACUACAAAAUAAAGCUAUGAACAAAGUAAUUUUGAGAGGGAUGCCAAAAAGAUUUUAGGUUUUGAACACUUUUCAUCGCAAAUAUGUGACAUUGAAAGAAUUCUUGACAAGUAAAAUUGUUGGGUGUUAUAGACAUAGUAAAAUAGUAAAGUACAGUGCAUUAGGCUACGUUCGCUGCAUUGCCACUUAAGGCCGUUUUCCACUAGGCGGAAUUUCUCGGGUGGAACUAAUUAGAAAAGACAGAGCGAAAUUCUGUUCCGCGCGGAAAAUUCCGCCUAGUGGAAAACGGCCUUUAAAUUAAAGGGUUAAGUAUGACAUAUGGAUAAAUUUAAGUAUUAAUUUUAGAAUGCUUCCUAUGUUUCACCUGCCAUCAAACCCCAGAACCAGAUGUUACUUACCCAGAAACUGCAGCUACCAUCAGCUAGUGACGAGGACCUGUCCCAGUUUACAGAAUCUGAUGGUGGUAGUAUUGGUGGUAUCGAAGGAAUACGACAAAUUGAAGAUACACCAUCAGAAGUAUCCGAGGCCAGUGAUGAUGGAGAUGACCUCGGGUAUGUGAGCAAUCCAGGGCCAAAGCCCUCCCAAGCUCCAUAGUGCCCCCCCCCCCCGUUAACCAUUUUGCAGAGACGGAUUUUCAUAUUUUUGUUCGAGGGGGGUGGUGGAUAAAUAUCUGGGGGGUGCUGCUGCUUGCUUUGGCCGGGGCGUGGUGGCAACGCCCGGAAAGGCCAAGGAAAAAGUUUAACAAAAUUUGUUUUCUAGGCCUGCAUGGCGAGAUCUGAGACCAUAAUAUUGGUAAUUUUACAAAUUUAGUAGUAAGAAUAAUCAAAUAUGAAACUAUCAAAUCAAAAUAUAUGUAAUUUGCGGGGGUGCCAAAUGCCUUUGGGGAUUGCAAAUCAUUUCUGGGAGGGUGCGCACCCUCACACACCCAGAAAAUCUGUGCCUGCCAUUUUGCCCCCCCCCCCCAGUCAAAGUCCUUUUCUCUAAAAUAUGAGCAAAACAUUGAAGAAAAAAGGAAUUUAGAAUUAGGGAGGUUUGAUAUUCUAGUAACUGAACCUUGCUUUGCGAAUCUUAAAAUGUCAUGUCUUUUAUCUUCAAAUGAUUCAAUGUCUUUUUAAAAAUGCUAAACAUUAAGUUGUAAAUACCUUAGAUUUUAAAAAUUUUCCAGACCCAAAAGAUUUGAGUUGUUGGAAGGCUUGUUGUGGUAUUUACAUAAACAUACCAUGCAAUAAUACUUAACUGGCAAUUCAGUCUAUCUACAAUAUAAUGUAACACUGUAUAUCCAAGAAUCUGCAUAUGCUCCAGAAAACACACAAAAUGCAGUCCUAGGGAUGGAAAAUUUUUCUUGGGGAGAAUGCUCCCCCUACUGCAGUGUUACAUACGAUACCACACCAAACCUUUUGUCCCCAACAACUAUCUGUCAUCUCUCCACACUCAGUAAAAUAUGGUUGGUGGUGAUAUGCUGUCUCCGAGUGCCCUCUAGUAUUUUUUCUUUGAUUGUUUAGUUUUGAUCAUGGAGUUGAUAACAAUAAUACUUUGGUUCAUGAUGAUGGUGAUGAUGUUGCCAAUAAUGAUUGUGAUGUUGUUGGCAACAGUGACAUUGGUCAGGAUGAUGAUGAUCAUGGUAUUGAUGAUAAUGAUGAUAUUGAUCAGGAUGAUGAUGAUCAUAGUACUGAUGAUGAUGAUAUUGAUCGGGAUAAUGAUGAUCAUGGUUUUGAUGAUAAUGAUCAGGAUGAUGAUGGUCAGGAUAUUGAUGAUCAUGAUGAAGACAUGGGUGGACAGGUACUCAUUCCUCAUUCUCAAAAUUUCCAACAAUUUGUAUUUUAAAACUCACUGGAGGGAAGGUAUGAAGAUUCUUGCUCAUUAAUUCCCCAAAUGAAUAAUCCUGACUUUUCUGUAGAGUCCUGAUCGUGAUGUUAAUUCAAAGCCUUCAUUUGACGAUGCUCCAAUUAAGCCAGGCUUGGGUAAGUAUUAAAAUAAAUAUAGUUUAGUUAACUUGCAAAGCGAGGUAGCAAAAAGGUAAUUGUUGCAGAUUGAAAGGGUUUCAACUACCUGAAAAAUACAACUAAAACGUACUUUGUUGGACUCCGCAGCUUUCUGGUGUUAUUGUCUCAGCACAGGCUGGUACAGCCUGUUAUUAUUAUUAUUAUUAUUUACAAUUAUUUACACACGGUAACAUCUCGACCAUAGCCCUAAAAUAUCUAAAAGUUAUAAUAAAUUUUUGAAAAAAUAAAAAGGUUGAUUUUCAGAUGGCCAUGUAUUUAAAAUAGGACUAAAAUAGGAAAUAUGUACAUAAUUUAAAGUAUAAUGUUAAAAAUGUUAAAAAAGUGAUCUAUAUAAAAUUUUGUUGUUUGCUAUAUUCUGUUAGGUGUUCAGACAAGAACCUUUGAAGAACUGCUGAAUCAGCAAUUGCGAGCAGAGGUAAUCAUUUAAUUAAGCCAUUUAGCUGCCAUGGUUUGCGUCUGAACUAGGCUUUGGUAGUUUGGUUACAUUGGUCAUUUUUCCUCAACCUGGUCUACUUUAUAGCCUGGUUAUUUUCGAAAGCAUCAUGUACUAUUUCGUAAAACUGAUUUAGGUAUUUGCCAUGAUAUCAUCUUAAGUCUUGAAGUUUUCUUGUAGUGAAGAAUGAUAGUAGUGAUACAUUAUAGUUUGGUUGCAGAGCUGAGUUGUGUUGCUAUCUAAUCAACAUACACUAGUUAAUUUUGGAUGACUUUAAGACUCCUAGCCGCCUACUUUAUUAACACAGCCACUUACAGUAUUCAAAAUAAUUCUGAAAGGAUGAGUAUCGAAGUUUUAUCAAUAAAGUUUAGUCUAAUAUAAAGGAUUCAGUACUUUAGUAGUUCCUCCCUCUUUGUCACAACAGCAAAAUCAGAAACAUGAGGAACCAAGGCGACAUAAACCUACCAUCGCUACCAAAAGAACAUUUCUUAAGAAAGGCGAAGGAAUUGCAAGAUUUGGUAUGAAAUCUAAGACUGACACUAAACCAACGAUACUUCAAGAGAAAAACUCUGCAAGCAAUGUCAUGGAACGCAAAGGUCCUGUUACACGAAAGACUGCAACAGUUAAAGACUUUGCAACGGUGAAGCAAUCUGCUAUGCCUGCUAUUACAGAAACUGCUACGGUUAAACAAAGGGCUAUAGUUAACCAUUCUGCCUCGGGUAAACUAUCUGACAGGCCACAAUUCGACGCAAGGAAGUCAAAAGUGUCUAAAUCUAUUCAACAAACGGCAGGUAUAUGGCCUCUUUUACAUUCAAACAUAGCAAAGCAAAAUAUAAUUUGAUCAGCGAUCAGAAUGUUCCAUUGUCUUUUCAUUGUUUUGAAAAUCCCACUUUUCUUCAUUGGAAUCCAGUGAUCCUGAUGUUCCAUUGUCUAAAUCCCACUGUUUUUCAUGCAAUGUGCACAAAAACUAACCCUUAUUUAUCGAGUACUUUUAUCAUAGCCUCGGGUAAGUCGAGGGCUACCAAUUCCUGUGUACAAGACGAUAAAUGAAUAACUAUUAUAAUUAUUUUAUUUUAUUUUAUUUUAUUUUGUAAAGGAUCUAUUACAAGGCAAAGCCUUUCGCACGAAUCUGACCAGGAGAAACAACCGUUCUCUCCCAAGAAAGUACAGUUUAAUACCAGGCACUCGCAUGGUGUAUACAUGGAGGAUGUGUCAGAGGAAGACUCAGAAAGCAGUUCAGAGGACGGAGAGAUCGAAGAAGGCGGGGAUAUUGUUAGGGGGAGUGAAGGGAUUAUUGAAGACUCGUUUCAAGUACGAAUGAAGAAAUGGGACGAGCUGGAAGUAGUAAGUAUACCGUUGUUGACAUCUAAGGAUGAACAGUCGCAGAAAUAUUAGUUAUAAGAAACUUCAGAGUUUCCUAUAUGCGCAUCCAAAUGCGUUACAUGUAGUCACUGAGACUGAAAGCAUUAAAAUGUGCAUAUCAAAGUGUUCAACUGUUUAAUCAUUGUUUUUUGGGUUUUUUUUUAUUAACUUUGCAAUAGAUCUUAAAUAAGAUCCAGUUAAGUCCCACCAAAACUAUUUCUACUAACAUGCAUAACCUUUACAUUUACAACUUAACACUUUAUCUAACUACUGCCGUCUUUUGGUCUUAACAAAAGUUUUAUACUAAUUUUUACAGUUUACACGUUUUCUUUUGGUCUUAACAAAAGUUUUAUACUAAUUUUUACAGUUUACACGUUUACGAACAACAAGUAAUGUAAAAGGAACGGCACUUUGUAGACAAAGAUUUCCAAGUUCUUGGUCGAUCAACAUCAAAAUCUAAGCUCAUUGUUUGCGCAAUUCCACACGAGACCUGAGCCCCCCAAGAAUUAAACUUUGAUAAAAAACGUAUAUGGAGUACAUACUUUAUGUUUUAAUUAAAAUGCUCAUUUUGAACUGUCCUAAGAAACCAAGGCCCAGAUCUGAUAUGAAUAUGUAAAGUAUUUGUACUAUUAAACGUCCCCAGCGGAGAAGUGUAAUGUCCUUGGUAAAAGUAGUUUUAUCUACUUGGUAAAAACUACGGUAGAAAAAUUAAAGGACAUAAAAAUUAAACCUGUCAUCUACUGUCUACAAUUAAACCUCCAAGCAAUCGUUUAAAAUAUCUAUAUUUACAUUCAGGUCGAAAAACGAGAAUUAAAUGAGUUCGAACUCCUGGAGGAAGCCGCUGCCGCCAACUGUUCACUUUCGUCAAACUCCUCAACCGUGUUAAGAUUUCUGGGUAAAAACCAAGGACAACGUCGAGCCGAUGUAAACAACAAUAUGCUAGGAGCUCGCCAGAAAUGGAACGUUGCACCAAAAGGUAUCACUCUAAGACACUCUAAUUAAAUCGCGGUUGCUAAAUAUUAUAGGAUCAAACUUUAUUCUCAUUUCUUCACCGGCAAAUCGCAUAUCUUCAGACAAUAGAAGGAUAAUAUGAAGCGGCGAAGGGAAACGAGAAUACUGUCAUGGAAAGCCGGCCCUGUCGUUGUUCUCAAGCGUAUUGCCUGUCCCUUCCCGCUUCCCAUAAACAUGUCCUAAAGCACUCAUGUUUUACCAGAUGCAGCUGAAGUAGACAAUGUUGCUAACCGUACGCUGAUUGAAGAAAACCUGAAUGAUGAUGGAGAUGAUACAUUAAAAGAACCUGAAGGUAAGGCAGAUUAACAGGGGGGUAAUGAGUAUUACUACCUAUUGGUAAUAAGGGAAAGUGGUAGGAUGGGGGAGGGGGUGCAUACCUCUGUUGGCCAAUGCAAAUAGGGUGCAGGGCGGAUGGGUGCAAAAAAAUAAAUUACAAUACUUCAAAAUUCAAGACUGCACUGAUAUUAAAUACCUAAUAUUAAUUGAAUUUGACAUUUUGAUUGAAUAAACAAAUUCUGAAUUUAGAUGCAAACUUCUAAUAAUAACAUUAGUAUUUGGUAAUUAUAAUAAAACAUUUAAAAUUGGAAAAGCAAUCAGACACUCAAAUAAUGUGGAAAAAACCCCCAUUUACUCUUUAACAUAACCACAAUAUCAACUACCUAUGCACAUGUUUGCUAGUUCUUGUAUGUUCAGAAGAUGUCCUUUGCAGACUUUCAUCAUUCUGUUUAACCAAUGAAAUCUUUAAUUUCCACUAUCAUAAUUUGUGUUGCAUUCAUAACUGUUUCCUUUAUUUCAUUUUUCAUUUCUGCUUUCAUUGUAUUCAUUUCUUCUUUCACUUCCACUUUAAUUUCCUCUUUCAUUUCCUUCAUUUCAUUUUUCAUUCCAUCUCUUAUUCCAUUCAUUUCAACUUUCACUUCCACUUUAAUUUCUUCCAUUUCAUUCCUAAAUUUCUCUCUCGUUUCAUUCAUUACUCCUUUCACCUCAACUUCCACAUCUUUCAACUCAUUCACUUUCUCUUUUAUCUCAUUCAUUUCAUUUUUCAUUUCUUGGUCCAUUUCCUUUGCCACUUCUAUGCUUCCCACUUGUAUUUCCUCUUUCAUCACAUCUAAUUUUCCUAUGAUAUCCACUUUGAUUUCCUCUUUCAUUCCUGUCAUUCCAUCUUUCAUUCCCUUUAUUCCACUUUUCGUUGCACCCAUUUCAUUUUUUAAAUCAUUUUUCAUGGCUUUCAUUCCAUUUUUUAUCCCAUUCGUUUCUUGUUUCAUCUCUCCUUUCAUUGCUUUCAUUCCACUUUUUAUUCCUGUCAUUUCUUGCUUUAUGUCAUUUUUCAUUGCUUUCAUUUCACCUUUCACUUCUUUCAUUUCACCUUUCACUUCUUUCAUUUCACCUUUCACUACAUUCUUAAUCUCCUCUUUCAUUUCAUUCAUUACUACUUUCACUUCCUCAUUAAUUCCUUCUUUCAUUCCGUUCACCUCAUCUUUCAUUCCUUUCAUCCCACUUUUUAUUCCUUUCGUUUCUUGCUUUAUUUCAUUUUUCAUCACUUUCAUCUCACUUUUUACUUCUUUCAUUUCUCCCAUCAAUUCCGCUUUAAUUCCCUCUUUCAUUUCAUUUUGCAAUUCCUCUUUCAUUUCAUUCACUUUUCUUUUCACUUCCACUUUAAUUUCCUCUCUCAUUCCUUUCAUUUCAUUCUUCAAUUCCGCUUUAAUUUCAUUUUUCAUCUGGUCUUGCCGAGCUAACAACUGACGCAGCAAAUCUUUCACUUCCUUCAUCGGUUGACUGGUGUCACGGCAUUCCAAUUUUCUAUUAAAAUCACAUGCUUCUGCUUCAUGGUGAAGCUUGUCUCUGGCAUCCACGACAGCAUCACAUCCUUCAUUCGCACAUUGCACGGGAGAGAAGCCACAAGUUGCAACGUGACGUUUCAGAUUGGCAACUUGAACCAUUUCAGGGCAUCCUCUGGGGUAGAAAUCACAAUGAAUAUUCAGCUCAGAUAUAUAGUCCUUGACGAUCCUCGGAGCUUCGUUCAGUGUGUCAACACUGAGGCGUUCAAGACACGACGGGCAUGAUGUUGAGUUUUCCAAAUGCUUCUUGAUACAUGAACUACAGUAAUAGUGUUGAUUCUUGCACAUUACGGGAUCUUUAAGGACCAGGAAACAAAUGGGGCAGUGAAAUCUUUGACUGACGACAAUCUCGAAGCGAUUGUCUUCAUAGCCAACUUCGUAUUUACUGCACGCCAUAAUGUCGAUGUUUUAGUCAACAAUACUCAAAAGCAACAAUGUUGAGUAUGUAAAAUCAGAUGUUUUAUUCAACAGUAUUCAACCCAAAAACUUUGAACAUUUGAAACCAGAUAAGUACAACAGCUGUUCACUUUAUCGUUCUUUUGGCGUGUUUAAUAGCAGACAAAAUAUUAUUACUUGGCUUUCGUUUACAAAUUCGCCACAGCCGAUAUUCGAUAUUGUCUUUGCAUACUACUAUAUUUGGGUAUAGUUAAUUUAUGCUUGCAUAGUAAUUAAUUAUUAUAAUAUAUUUCGUGACUCGUAACAUGGGCUUAUAACCUAAAAUCUCGUGAUUGCCGGAUCAUGAACUUUUUUACUUUUUCCCGGAAGCCUGUUGUGGUUUCGUAUUUAACGCGCGCGUUAGCCCGCACCCAGCCCGCAAAUCGCAGGCUUCAACACUGAGCUAUAUAUUUCAUAUGUGAUGCUAAUACAUAGCUUCAAUAAGACCCGGGAUGGCUCCCUGUCAUACAACGGGCUAAUCAUUGCCCAUUCAGUUUACUCUAGAUAGAUAGAUUUAUUUUAUUUUGACACACUAACUACGUCAAUAAAAAUAUUGAUUUCCACGAAGGGCGUGUGUUCAAAAGUUAUUAUCAUAAAUGUUGUUAUGACUCUUAUGGAAUCAAAUAAAAGAAAAUCGAAAUAAUCUAACUGUUCCAAUUGACAAAAUUGACAAUAUAGACAACUAACAAAACAUGUAGAUAACAAUUUACAAUAAAGGAUUUAUAUAUAAAUAUAUUAUUUAGUAACAUUAGCAGCAAUUUUUCUUUCAAAUAGAGACUGGGACCUAGCAAUUAUUCAACGAUGUCGCCUGAGGACUUUGUAUAUUUCAUGCAUUUAUAUUGUUUUAUAUCUUCUCUCAUUCGAUUAAUUUCUCCUUUCAGUUCUACUUUAAUUUCCUCUUUCAUUCCUUUAUUUCAUUGUUAAUAUUCUUUUAUCUUUUGCUUCAAAUUCUACAACAACAAAUUCUCUUUCAUCUCAUUAAUUUUCUCUUUCAUUUUAUUCAUUUAAAUUUUUGUUUCUUUCGUCUUCACUUUCUUCUUGCAUUGCUUUCACUUCAAUGUUCACGUCUUUUAUUUCCUUUUUAAUUUCCACUUGUAUUUCGUCUUUCGUCUUCUGUAAUUCUCUUGUCAUCUCUUCUUUCAUUCCUUUCAGCCCACUUUUUAUUAGUUUUGCUUCUUGGUGCAUUUCAUUUUUUAUGUUUUUCAGUUCAUACUUUACGUCUUUUAUUUCACUUUUAACUUCCAGUUUAAUCUCUUCUUUCAUUUCUUUCAUUUCAUUCUGAAUUUUCUCUUUCGUUUCAUUCAUUACUCUUUCCACUUCAAUUUCCACAUUCUUUCCUUUCAUUUCAUUGUUAAUUUCUUCUCCCAUUUCAUCCAUUUCGUCUUCCAAUAUAAUUUCUUCUUUCAUUUCUUUAAUUUCAUCUUUCACUUCUGUUAUUCCACUUUUUAUUCCUUUCGUUUCUUGCUUUAUUUCAUUCUUCAUAGCUUUCAUCUCAUUUUUUACUUCUUUCAUUUCUCUUUUCACUUCCACUUUAAUCUCCUCUUUCAUUACUUUCAAUUCAUUUCUCAUUCCUUUUCUCGUUUCAUCCACUUCUCCUUUUAUUUUCAGUUUAAUUUCCUCAUUCAUUCCUUUCAUUCCAUUGUUAAUUUCCUCUCUUAUUUCAUUUAUUUUACUACUCACUUCAAAUUGCACAAGAACUUUCAUCAAAUUCACUUCGACUUUAAUUUCCUCUCUCAUUGUAUUAAUUUCCUCUUUCAUUCCGUUUUUUAUUUCCUCUUUCAUUCUACUCAUAUCUCCUGCCAUUUCCACUUUAAUUUCGUCUUUCAUUCCUCUCAUUCCAUUUUUUAUUCCUUUCGUUUCUUGCUUCAUUCCAUCUUUCAUUGCUUUCACUUCAUUUUUAAUUCCAUUUAUUUCACAUUUUACUUCCACUUUAAUUUCAUCUUUCAUUUCUCUCAUCCCAUUUUUUAUUUCUUUCGUCAUUCCAUCUCUCAUUGCUUUCAUUUCAUUUUUAAUUCCAUUUAUUUCACAUUUUACUUCCACUUUAAUUUCAUCUUUCAUUUCUCUCAUCCCAUUUUUUAUUUCUUUCGUUUCUUGCUUCAUUCCAUCUUUCACUGCUUCCAUUUCUCUUUUCAAUUCCACUGUAAUUUCCUCUCUCAUUCCUUUUAUUUCAUUCUUCAAUUCCGCUUUGAUUUCAUCUUUCAUCUGAUGUUGACCAGCUAACAUCUGAAACAGCAAAUCUUUCACGUCCGCGCAGUCGUGACAUUUCAAUUUCCUAAGAUCACAUACUUCCGCUUCGUGGUGAAGCUUGUCUCUGGCAUUCACGACAGCAUCACAUCCCUCAUUGGAACAUUGCACGGGAGAGAAUCCACAACUUACAACGUGACGUUUGAGAUUUUCAACUUGAACUAUUUCACGGCAUCCUCUGGGGUAGAAAUCACAAUGAAUAUUCAGCUCAGAUAUAUAAUCACUGACGAUCCUCGAAGCUGGCCUUAGUGUAUCGACACUGAGGUGUUCACGACACGUCGGACACGAUGUUGAUUUUUCCAAAUGCUUCUUUAUACAUGAACUACAGCAGUAGUGUUCGUUCUUGCACAUUACGGGAUCUUUAAGGACCAACAAACAAAUGGGGCAGUGAAAUCUUUGACUGACUUCGAUCUCGAAGCGAUUGUCUUCAUAGCCAACCUCGUAUUUACUGCACGCCAUAAUUUCGAAAUUUUAUCCAACAAUAAUCCGGCCGUAACGUCAAAGAUAUAAAACCACAAAGGUAGAAGAUCUUAUAAGUUCACAUUAUCGCCCGUUUGUGUGUUGAGCAACGGACAAAAUUUUAUUACUCAGCUUUCGUUUUCAGACACGGAACAACAAGAAAUUCUAUGACUUUGUAUGCUGAAAGUGUGUUUACACUGCAAAUUUACCUUUGACGUUUGCUUCAUUGGUUGGCUGACUCGUUCAAUCUGCCAAUUAUGGUAAAACAAAUUGCGUCAAAGCCAAGCGUAGGCUUGUAUUAUAAACACGGCUAGAAACUCGUGAUUUGCACACUAAAAUUUCGUGUUUGCUGGGGUAUUAUAAUGUAAAAUCAACAUACGUACACACAAGUGAAUCGCUGGAUCGCAAAGUUAAAACGUUAAACCCAUCUUUAAUAGGGGCAGGUAGCCGCCAAAACGACUGGCUUCUUGCCAUCUGCGGCCGCAUACUUUUGUCUCAACAAAAUUUACAUAAACAAAACUUCAGGUGGCUCCCUACAGUUUACUAGAAAAUGGAAGAUCUCCGAUUUAGACCCAAUUUUUCAACAAUUCCUAUUUAUUAAAAGACAAAGGAAGUCCGAUCAGAAAAAUAUAACUAUAUAGUUGGAUUUUUUCGAAAAAAAGGAAUUGCAACUGCAGUUGCUAUGGCAACAAUGACGCUUCAAUAUUGCCGAUAUUUUGGGUUUAAAGUUAUUUAAGGAGGCUCCCUACAGUUUCCAAUAUAUAUCAUGCAGUGUUCUAAACUAAAAGCUAUUUGAAUCUAAAAAAACUAAUUUUUUGCACAAGUCAUUGUUUCCUCUUAUAUAAAAAAGUAAUUUUAACCCACAAUCGCUACUCUUUAUGUUACCAUGACAACAUGACGUCACCAUCUAUAUGGCCUAUAUCAACCAAAAAAGCCGUCUUAGCGGACAAAUAACCACGGUGACCUACCUUUUUAUUGCAGAAAAUACAUUGUUAUGAAGUUUUAAAUCUUUUUUGAAAGUUAUUUGAAAAUAUUCUGCGCACAGGCUAGAGGUUAACCUGACAGUAGUUUUUUUAGUGGUAAAAGAUCGCACAAUCUGUGACUAUAACGUUUCGUGCACCAAACUGAUUAUAAAUUACAGUAUAUCUUCCAAUGUUACCCACUAUUAACUUGAUCUGUAGAUAGUGUUUUCAGCCCGGAUCAAAAGAGAAUGAAAGUGUAUGAGAGUUGACAGUCUCGUGACCUCAGCUAACUGUUCUUAAUGCUUUCCCAACACUGUCAUGUGUUCUAUUUAAGUUAAAACAUAGUUGGAACACUCUUCAAACCUUUAUUUCGUUAAUCUAGAGCUUGAAAUGUCCGCUGUAACAAUGUGUGAGUCAGCGUGACUGCCAACUCCCAUCAACUCUCAUCAUCGUUUGACCGAGGCUUUAAGAUACUGUUGGCCUGUAAGAUAAUGUUCCAAAGCAAGUCAAUGUUAUAGAAUUUAUCAUUUUUAUCCAGCAAAUCACUCGUUGUCCAGCGAAAGUCAUGUCGCUUCAACCGUAACAGCGGUAGCGAAAGCUCUUUCUAUUAACAUAUCGGGCAUGUCUUGCCAAACUUGACUUUCUAGAUCAAGGCACUCCACUGACUUGAGUCGUUGAUGUUCACCAUUUCGUCCGCCCAUUACCACUACAACAUUGCCAUUUAAGACCGCUGUACAACCAUAUCGCUUACGUUUCAUACAUGGCAACACGUGAGCACGUCCUGUAGUGACGUCAUACAUUAGCACGGAAUUUGAGACACCAAGUGGAUCUAUGCCACCGAUCACAAGCACGUUGUUCCGCCAUAAAACAGUCGCAAUGAAUUUCACAGCAUGUGGCAAUGGAGGCAUUUCUUUACAUUCAUUCUUGAUGAGAUCAUACUGCACCACACUCUUUGUUUUCUUAUCGCCAUCGACUCCUCCAAGAAUGAACAAUUUCUGAUCAAAGAUUUCCAUGCCAUGAUAACAUCUUGGUUGCGGCAAUCUUGCCAAAAUCUUACUGGAAUACGGUGGAACCAAGUUCACCUCGUACACAGCAUCGGAACGCGUGGACAGCCCUCCUUCAGUAGGUAUAGUCCAUCCUCCAGACAUGAUAAGCUGAUCAUUAUAAUUGACAACUUUAUGACCAGAGCAUUCAACAGGAAUCUUAAGAACAGAAUCUUUCCACAAGGCAGCUGGAUCUGCAACAUUCAAACUUUCUAUAGUAUCUGUAGAGCCAGAGUUACUUGAGCCUCCAACCACGGUUAUGUGACCUUUAUACUUAAAUGAGCUGGCUUUGGAACGACCUUUCAAUAAUGGAUUAAGCUUUUUCCAUGAUUGCGUUGGCCAGUCAAACAUCUGUACAGAUGUGUUACAUACUUGCUGACCAUCUUUUUCAUGCUCUCCUCCAGCAAUAAUUAUACUUGUUGUUUUAGCUGGCGAGGAUGUUGUCUGAGGACUUUGCUCUCCAUAUUUUCCCUCGGCUUUCAAAUCUUUACUUUCGACCAUUACAUAUUUUUUUGCGUUUGUAACUAUUUCCUUUAUUUCAUUUUUUAUUUCUGCUUUCAUUCCAUUCAUUCCACUUUUUAUUCCUUUCGUUUCUUGUUUCAUUUCAUUUUUCAUUGCUUUCAUUUCAUUUUUUACUUCUUUCAUUUCUCCUUUCACUUCCACUUUAAUUUCCUCUUUCAUUCCUUUCAUUUCAUCUUUCGUGGCUUUCAUCCCAUUUUUUAUUCCUUUCGUUUCUUGCUUUAUUUCAUUUUUCACUGCUUUAAUCUCAUUUUUUACUUCUUUCAUUUCUCCUUUGACUUCCACUUUAAUCUCCUCUUUCAUUCCUUUCAAUCCAUUCUUAAUUUCCUCUCUCUGUUCAUUCAUUUCUCCCAUCACUUUCACUUUAAUUCCUUCGUUCAUUCCUUUCAUUCCAUUGUUAAUUUCCUCUCUCAUUUCACUCAUUUUACUACUCACUUCAAAUUGUACAACAACUUUCAUCACAUUCACUUCCACUUUAAUUUCCUCUUUCAUUCCUUUCAUUUCGUUUUUAAUUUCCUCUCUCAUUGUAUUCAUUUCUCCUUUCAUUUCCACUUUAAUUUCAUUUUUCAUUACUUUCGUUUCAUUUUUUACUUCUUCCAUUUUACCUUUCACUUCAUUCUUAAUUUCCUCUUUCAUUUCACUCAUAACUACUUUCACUUCCUCAUUAAUUCCUUCUUUCAUUCCGUUCAUCUCAUCUUUCAUUCCUUUCAUUCCACUUUUUACUCCUUUCGUUUCUUGCUUUAUUUCAUUUUUCAUCGCUUUCAUUUCAUUUUUUACUUCAUUCAUUCCUCUUUUCAAUUCCGCUUUGAUUUCAUCUUUCAUAUGAUGUUGACCAGCUAACAUCUGAAACAGCAAAUCUUUCACGUCAGCGCAGUCGUGACAUUUCAAUUUCCUAAGAUCACAUGUUUCCGCUUCGUGGUGAAGCUUGUCUCUGGCAUUCACGACAGCAUCACAUCCCUCAUUGGAACAUUGCACGGGAGAGAAUCCACAACUUACAACGUGACGUUUGAGAUUUUCAACUUGAACUAUUUCACGGCAUCCUCUGGGGUAGAAAUCGCAAUGAAUAUUCAGCUCAGAUAUAUAAUCACUGACGAUCCUCGAAGCUGGCCUUAGUGUAUCGACACUGAGGUGUUCACGACACGUCGGGCAGGAUGCCGAGUUUUCCAAGUGCUUCUUUAUACAUGAACUACAGUAGCAGUGUUCGUUCUUGCACAUUACGGGAUCUUUAAGGACCAGGAAACAAAUGGGGCAGUGAAAUCUUUGACUGACUUCGAUCUCGAAGCGAUUGUCUUCAUACCCAACCUCGUAUUUACUGCACGCCAUUAUUUACAAAUUUUAUCCAACAAUAAUCCAGCCGAAACGUCAAAGAUGUAAAACCACAAAAGCACAAGAGUUCAUAGUUCACAUUGUCGUUCGUUUGGCAUUGUUCACAACGGACAAAAUUUUAUAACUCUACUUUCCGCUUUCGUUUUCAGACACGGAACAACAAGAAAUUCUAUAAUGUUUUGUAUGCUGAAUUUGUGUUUACACUGCAAUUUUACCCUUGAUUGAUUGGUCGACUCGUUCAAUCUGACAGUAAAACAAAUUCCGCCAAACGUAGGCGUGUAUUGCUAAAAUCGCGUGAUUUGCAUACAUAGUGUAAAAUUAACAUACAUACCAAUCUCGAACCCUGAGCCUGCAAUCUUCUGUGGCGGCUUGUUGAGGCUCUGCGAAACACCAGCGAAUUUUGCACGAAAAUCAGUACAUUUGGAUCCAGUACCUCGCUCGACAUUUAUAAAUAAACAUUGCUGCCGCCAAACAUGAAUUAUGCCGUUGUUCAAUUUAUUACGCCGUUGUUCAAUUUAUUACGACUUUAGUCCACAGGCGGGCGCGGGCAAAUAGAGCUUGGGUCUCCUGUGGUUUUAUCAUGACCUUAUAUAGUAUAAAUCUGCACUGUUCUUAUUUUACAGUUUUGUUAUUAGCAUAUUAAUAUCUAGUCCGCCAACCCAGACGUCAUUCCCACGCUGCUCGAGUCUCGGUCGGCUGAUGUUCUUAACUUACUCUCGUGGGACACUCUUUGAAAAUAGACGUUCCGGUGCCAAGUCAGUAUUGAUGUAUAAAAUACUUAACCCCCGGCUCUUCGGGGGUCUUUUGUGGGAAGAGAAAUGGAUCAAACUAAUUACAAUCUCCGCAAUACUGCAACAGACCAUACAUUACCUAAGCCAAAAAGAGAAUUUUUAAAAAAAAGGCUUUAAAUAUAGUGGUGCUUUGCACUGGAAUCAGCUCCCAAAUGAAGCGAAACUAGCAAGUUCGCUUCACUCGUUUAGAUUAAAUGUUGAUUAGUGACAUGCAUACAUUUGUAUAUAGAAAAGUGUGUAUAUAUAGUAUUUAGAUAUAGUUAUUUAUUUAUUUAUUUAUUUUCAAACAUUUUUAAUAUUUAACACGCCCCUCAUGGAAAUCAGCCCAGAGUUGAUGGGGCUAGCGUGUUCCUUUUUGUUAAUUUUAAAUAAAGUUUUGCCUGCCUGCUGCUCAUUCUUCGCUCGGAAAGUAACGAGCGUGGGAGAUGACGUCUGGGUUCGCAGAUAAAUUAAUAUCAGAAUGGUCUAUUGAUUUCAUGUGACAAACGAAGGAAAUAACUUACUAAUGUUAAAGUUAUAAUUUAGACCCCGUUCACACGAUACCGGCAUGGAAAUCUACCGGCAGAAAAUCAUCACGGUUUCAACUGUUCACACGAUACCGGCAGAUUAUAUUCCGCUUUGACAAUAUGCUGCACAAAUCAGUUAAAAUAGACAGAAUAAAAUAUCCAACAACAACUUUUGCAGUUUUGUUUAAUUUCAUUUUGCAUAACCGUAAUGAAAUUCUUACCCUAACCCGUUAGGCGUUCACACGGCACUCUGACGGUAGGAUUUCGUUCCGUUUUCAAACUCUUACGGAGUAACGGAGUUUGCAUACCUUUUCAAACUCGAGUUAGCGUUACGGUUUCACAUUUUUUCAUACCAGCAUCGUGUGAACGCAACCCCUAAACGUAAGAAUUUCGUUCCGUUUUCAAACUCUGUCGGUAUCGUACGUGUGAACUAAAUAAAAAAAUAAAGUGAAAAUAUAAAGUAAAAAUGGCUCUUAAAUAUAAAGUGAAAAUGACUCUGGUUAGCAAAGUUAGAACGUUCAACACAUUUUUUAACAUCUUUUUGUCUAAGUUCAUAUUUUACCAAGUUUCACCUACCUACCUAGCCAGCCAAAAUGACCCGGCGGCUACUUGCCUAUCUGCAGCCGCCUGCUUUUGUCUCAACAAAAUUUAUAUAAACAAAACAUAAGCAAUAAACAGUAAAAUAUUUUCUUCUUUUCAUCUCCUCUACUUUACUCUUCAGAUUCUAAGCUGGUCAGGCUUGCGCAUUUUAUGGGACGUUUUGUAAUCUUCAGAACUCAGGGGUGUACAUUCUUCAAUGAACUUUGGUUCUUCCCCUUUCAGAUUUGAUUCUUUUCCCCAUAUCUUUACCACAUCAGCCUCAAAGGCCUGUACCUAAUAGUAAUACUGUGACAUAGUAUAUUUGUCCCCUCCCCCCAAGAUAGAAUAAAAUACCUAAAUUAUAAAUUAGCUAGUUAUAAGUUAUUAUUUACUAAAUUUGCAAUCCUCAGUAAAUUUUUUCAUAUUUAAGUUACUUUCCAUUAACAUGAACAAUCAACAUUAAUACAGUAAUUAAUUCAGCUCGGUGGCAAAAUCAUUUUGGAAAGUGGAAACACUGAUUUUCACGAAUUACCCACGGAAAUUUUUCUCUUCUUUUCCCUCUGCUUUCCAUUUUUUCUACUCUUCUUUGAUUUUCUUCCCCAACCCUAAGACCCUUUGAUUCUUUUCCCCCACCCCAGGGGGGGGGGGGAGGGAUUAUAGAAGAAUAUACAUCGCUGUCAGAACUCUGUAAAAUCAUCUCCCAAAAUUCAGGAAAUGGCAUUUCGGGAAAUGUAGGUUUCAGGGGAGGGGGCAUACACCCAGACCACUUUAGCACCUACUUACUUACGUACUUGCUGACGUGAAGCAUAAUAGGCUUAGACCAGAGACGUCAAGACUGAUGUUUUCCACAAACGGUUCUACAAGUUUUGACGGCUAAAUUACUAACUCAUGUUUCAGUUUUAAUCCUCAAAUUGCCCUAACUUUGAACAGCUGACUGUUGGCCUCAGAAUACGAUUUGAAGUUUGUCAUUUGCGGUCUGCCGUAAACUGAGUCCAGUUGAGUCCAGUGUCUUAUUUUUUCACCCCCCAUCUUUUUUUCCAGUGAUCAGUGUUCGGUCUUCGCUCGCGCUCUCCGAUGGUUUUGACGAUACAAAAACCUGGGACGACCAUGAUGCCUUGGAUAUCAGUGACGUCACCGACGACGUCAUAAAUGCACUAAACACGUCAACACCUGACGAGAAGAGGAGACGUGCGCAUGAUCAGAACAGAAAGUUGGCCACCAGUUCCUCCACUCCGCCUACAUCCGCGUUUGUGACGAAAUUAUUCCCUCAGUUGAAAGCGAAGAAUGAGGUACUCAAUUUUUAUAAUAAAAUGUUUAUAAAAAAAUGUUUCCGACCUACUUACCCUAUAAAACAUAAUAGAGAGGUUUAGAUUUGACUUCCACUACCACUACCUCUCACUGGCUUAGUACGCAUCUGAUUGGUUAAUCGGAUAUAGCAAAUGCAUCUGAUUGGUUAAUCGGAUGUAUCAAACGCAUCUGAUUGGUUAAUCGAAUAUAUCAAACGCAUCUGAUUGGUUAAUCGAAUAUAUCAAACGCAUCUGAUUGGUUAAUGGUCCCUUAAUGGUAGCAGUAGCGGGAGUUAAAUCUGAACCUUUCUGUUAUGGAACCUGUAACCAACGUUUUAUAUUUUGUCCUUAUUUCAAGACCAGUCGCUCUCAAGUCAACCAAAAGCACCCGCCAUCACAACAGAUCCAGCCUGCACUACCUGCGACAGAGACAACUGUCAGGCUGGAUGUCUCAAGUGGAACAGACGGUGGGUUGAACUCUGGCCUGAAUUCUGGACUCAGCUCUGGAAUGAGCAAUGCUGUUCGAGACAAACUGCAGGAGUUAGAGAACGAAAUUGAAAAAUUCCGAGAAGAGAAUGUCGCUCUUCAUAGAUUGAGGGAGGAGAGAGAAAAGGUAUGGAAACUACAUUAAUAUUUAUAUUGGGCCUUGCAAAUAACAAUAGUGCUAUCCAGUCAUGAUCCAGUGAUCGGAGUGUAUCUUUUCAGGAAGAGAUUAUUUCGCUGGUCUCAAAGUGACAAAACGUAACAAAGCAACGGUUUUACUAACACUAACCCUAUUCCAAACACCAACUCUAACCCUAACCUUAAUCCUUACCCUAGCCUAACCCUAUGCCAAAUUUGUUUCUAAACCAAUCUUGAAGAAAAGUUUUGACGAAAUGUCAUUCUGAGGUUGGCGAAAUAGUAUUUACCAUCUUUUCAUUGUUUUGAAGAUCUCCCUCCAUGACUAGCUUUGGAACAAGGCUCUUUGGCAAGGAAAAAAGUGUCCUGUUAAGGAAGUCUUGCUCGUCUGUUCGAGGCUUAAGUCUGGUUCACACCAGCAAUUUUGUCGGCGAUUUUGUGUUUCUGACGGAUGCAAAUGAGUGAACUCGCGGCACACAAAAGUAUAGAGUCGUUUUUCAGAAGUAAACAAUUCUAACGCCCGUAUUCUAAAAGCUCACUCACACUCACACUCAAUGAGUGGAGGUUCAAUCUGAGCUUCCCUUGAGUGUCAAUGCUGUUUUUGAAUAGCUGGAGGGUGAGUAAUCACAUAGUACGGUACGGCACUAACCCUCCAGCUGUUCAAAAACAGAAAUGACACUCGAGAAAAGCUCCAAUUGAACCUCCACUCGUUGAGUGUGAGUGAGCUUUUAGAAUACGGGCGUAAGUCUUUUGCAUGUCAUUCGUUCGAUCACAUUUGACACAAAAAAAUUUCUCAAUUCACAAUUUUUUUUUUUUUUUUUCAAUUUCUCAUUUCACAAUUUCUCCAUUGACAUGCUGCUUUUAGACAAAUGUAAUGACUGUUGUUCAAGUAUUGUCUGUUGUGUGUGUUUAGUAUACCUUAUAAAUUGUUUCUGUAUAACUAUUGGGGCCGCUGUAAUUGGCAAUAGCUGUUGUGGUUUCCCAGCCAAUGAAUGUAUAAGUAUGAUGGCAAAGUAAAUAAAUAAAUAAAUAAAUUUGCCAGGAGCAGCAAAAUCUCCUUCAGAAUUGCUUGUGUGAACCUGGCUUUAAUAGAUAAAUCGUUAUCACUUUAGGAUCUGCAAGAACUACAAAAAGAAAGAGAUUUAUUUGAAAAUUACAAAACAGAAGAACUACAAAGACUUGAAAAGUUCAAAACAGAAGAAGAAAAACGAUUAAGGUAAUUUUUUAUUUAUUUUAUUUUUUUGCUCACUGAAUUAACUUUAGAGACGGAUGGCCCGUCUUAGUGCAAUUUAUUAUAAGUAAUAACGCCUUAUUAAAUCAUGGUCAUUUAAUUGGCUGAUUAUGAUCACGUGCAUUUGUGUACCAUACGUUUUGUUCCAUUGCACGGUUUGGUUUUCAUUAAAUUCCAUUUGUCAAAAUCUUAAUCGUAUCCUACAGCUGGUUUACGCUAUCAAAGUUUCUGUGAUCACAGUAGGAAUUUUGCAUAGGUAAAUUUUAAGUUUUGAAGGAUCUGUAAGAAAUGUUUCAGGGAACUGAUUCAGUGUUAAACACCGGUUCAGUUCCCUCAAAACAUUUCUUACAAAUUCCUCAAAACUUAGAAUUUGUCCGUGCAAAAUUCCUACUGUGAUCGCAGGAACUUUGAAAGUGCAAGGCCAGCCUUUAUCGUAGCUCAUGCUAUCCAAAUGGAGGCCAAAGGAAUUGAAUUCAAAUGCAUAUUCGCGCGAAGCAAAAUGGCGGGUGUAAAAAUCACUACAACGUACAACAAUAACAGUAACAACAGCGAUAACGGCAACGAGUUACAUGUGCUAAAUUUGUGGCUUUCCAAGGACAGUGCGAUACAGUGCUAACUUACGAGGGGUCAGGUACAUGUGACCCAACGAUGCAUGCACGCAUAAUAUUUCAAUGUUCCAGUUCAACUUAAAGUAGCGGUACUUCGUGAAGGCAACAAAGCAGUUGCUAUAAAUCCUAACAAUAGCAUGCCAAUAUUAAACACAAUUCCGUAGAUAUACGCUCGUUCAAAGAGUGUCACGAAUAUGAAUGGUCCGAGGACCAUCCCAACACGGCCCAUAGAAACGCAAGCUCCAACGCCGAUGCUACGGUUUUCAGUCGGGUAGAGCAGCGAAGCAUAAAUGUAAAACACAGAAACUAAUGCCAUCACUAGACUUCGAGAUAGCAUCGUGACUACAAGUAAUGCAGUCCUUUCGUUUAGGACAAAAAAGGCAACGAUUUGUAGUAUUAUUGGCAGGACAAAUAGGGUUAUUACCACAUUUUUCACUGUAAAAAUAUAACAGCCUACAGCAACUGUAAUUAUUAUCACCAACUCAGGCAAAUUCAUCCAAGCCAUUAUGGAAUACAAAUCACCACUCGAACUACCUAGUAUAUAAUUUUCUGGGCCCUUUACCGUAGACGUGGCAUUUUCAAAGCUGGCAACGUCAGAGGCGUUGUAUACUAAAGCGUAAUACGCCAUUACCGUAGUGAAAGUGACUAUACAAGCGCAUAUUGUGAUUUUCCAAUAACCUGAUCGAAAUAGCUGUGUGAUAUCCGCCCUCUUUGACUCGUGAUCUCGGUUGAGUUUCGUGUUGCUCAAGUCCAUUUCUGGUGCGCAAUUUUGUAAAAUAUCCAAAGCUUUCUGCUCGUCUCCGGCAGCUAGGUGGUAAUGUGGCGUGUCAGGGAGAAAUACAAUACCAAUAAGGAAAAGUGCGGUUGGAAAACACACGAUAGCUAAAGCCCAACGAUAACCGAUUACUGAAAGCUCAGUAGAGACAACUGCUGAAAGUAGAAAGCCUAAUGUCCAGAAUGCGGAGUUUAAUACUGAAAACAUAGUUCGAUGUUUUGGUGGGAAUAAUUCCAUAGUCAUAACAUAAACCUCAAAUAUGGUUGCUAUCCCAAACCCGACCAAGAAAAGACUUAUCCAUAACCAGUAAUAGUUUGGUGAAAACGCACUUGCAAAUGCGAAAACCACUAUAAAAAUGGCACUGCCAAUAAAACCACGUUUUCGUCCGUAUUUGUCGCAUACCCAGCCCCAAAACCAAGAGCCUACUAUCAUUCCUGCUGAUAUUGAGAUGGUUAAGACUCCAGCUAGGAACGACGAGAUAUUCCAGUGUGAUUUUAUAGUCGGAAGUACGACAGAUAACAUGGAAACUUCUAGAGAAUCUGUGAUGUUUAGUAAGCCAAGUAUUAGGAUCACUUUCAAAUGAAAUAAUCUCAAGCCUAUGUCGUCUAGAAUAUCAUCGAUCGAGCGAGACUUGAAAAGAUCAGCUCUCAAAUCCGUAGCGUCGUCGUCAUCCGAGAUAUGUUUAUACUUGACAUGUUCCUGAGUUGGCUUUGCUUUCGUCUCGUCUGAUCUCGCUCUAUUAAAAAGCGGCGUAGAUUGUAUAAACUGUUUUAAUUUAGUCCACGACUCCAUAUUUAAUCGGUUGGUUGGCGCGAUGUGUAAUAUUGUAUGUAUGUAUGUAUGUACUUUUGUAACAGUUUAUAGCUUAAAUUUUACCGGCUAUUUCAUGACUUCACAGCUGAAACUUGAUAUCCAAAAGAUACUGUACUUGCUUGACUGGUAAUGCGACACUCAUUUGCUUGUAAUAUAUGCAUUUGAGCAAAUAUUUGCAUAAUUGAACAAGCAGAGUUAAUGAAUUAUUCCUCCUGCUGCUGAGCUGUUGUUGCAGAUGUUAUGCAUGAAAACGUUUUAAGAUCAACUUCUAAGUUUGCCUCUCAAAAGGGUUUUUAUUCGGCAGUUUUAAACUCUGAUGUGCGUGAAAGUCAAACGAAAUGCUGUCUUUCUACUCUGUCUAAAGCCGCCCGGUUUAAAACGAGUGUACUUAAUUGUCACAGUAAAAAUCGCCAAAGUUGCGUUUUCAGACCAUAGAUAUCUUAUAUACACUAGAUAGUGCAUCUAAUUAUUCUACAAUUCAAAAAUUGAAGCCGUGAUUGCAGACUCAGGAUAUUCCCAUGAAAUGAGAAGACUCG